CAUGAUUCAUCUGCAGUUGUUAGCAUCGAUUGCGGAUCAUCGGAUUCGUUCACGGACGAAAAUACGAUCAAAUGGGUUGGAGACGACGAAUUUGUUUCAGGUGGAAAAUCCCAAGUGGUUCAAACCACAAACGGAGUGGCUCGUGUGUUGACCACCUUGAGAGUGUUUUCAACCAGGAAAAGAAACUGUUACUCCAUCAAAGCAGAAAAGGGGGCUCAGUUUCUUGUGCGAGCAUCUUUCUUUUAUGGAAACUAUGACAAGAAAUCAUCUCCUCCUGAAUUUGCUCUUCUUCUGGACGGGAACUAUUGGGCCGACGUCAUAACUUCAGCCACUGAUCUUGUGUAUAAAGAACUAGUUUAUGUCGCCAACGGUGAUUUUAUAGAGAUUUGUCUUGCUCAAACGAAGCCUAACCAGCUUCCGUUUAUAUCAGCUAUCGAGAUCGGGGGCUUGGGCACGGAUAUGUACAGCCAUGUCGACGCUGAAUAUGCUAUGGUUCAUACAAGAAGGGUUGCUUAUGGUGCAACUGAUAAUAUAAGGUACCCAAGUGAUGAUUAUGAUCGGAUUUGGGAGCCAGUGGAGGGUGGAGAUGGAUUAGUAAAACUCACAAACGAUCUACAUAUUAUUGAUACAUCUGUGCCAGAUCAGCCUCCAGCUGCUGCUUUCCAGUAUGCAAUAACUACCUCAAAACCCUCCGUAUCAAUUAGUCUGGGCACUGAUCUUCCGACCGAUAAAGUUCCCAUCUACAUCAUCAUGUACUUCACCGAAAUGAGCCAACUGACCACGUCCGAGACCAGAUCCUUCGAGAUUUACAUCGACGGCAAGUCGGAGUCGGACCCCAUUGUUCCUGUCUAUGGAACUGUCACGGAGAUGUCUAUUACCAACAUUACUGCUUCUUCCAGCACAAAUAUUUCUCUGGUAGCUACUGCCGAUUCGACACUUCCUCCGUUGAUUAAUGCCAUGGAGGUUUAUUAUGUCAGUGGUCCGUUAACGGGUGGAACGGAUAGCAAUGACGUGACAGGGUUAGGUAUAUUGCAAGACAAGUUCAGUAUAUUACAGGAAUGGACUGGUGACCCAUGCCUCCCUUCUCCAUUUACCUGGGACUGGGUCAAUUGCAGUUCUGAUAUUACACCCCGCGUAACAGCACUGUAUCUGAGUGGCUAUGGCCUCUCUGGCCAACUUCCAGACUUCAGCUCCCUUGAUGCUCUUCAGACAAUAGACAUGCACAACAACAGCUUGGGUGGAGCCAUUCCUGAUUUUCUUGGCACCUUACCCAAACUAACCCAAUUGAAUUUAGUAGACAAUAAACUCAGUGGACCCAUUCCCACCACAAUUUCAACGAAUAGCAAACUGAAAUUAGUGUCGUCGGGAAAUCCUGAUCUUUGUGCCGCCGGCGCGUCCUGUAAGACAAUAAUUCCAGCUGAUAGUGAUAAUGGCUCUUCUAGUGGUGGUGGCAGCAGCAAGAAGAAAAGCAGCAAGCUACCGUUAAUUAUUGGAGUUACAGUUCCAGCUAUCAUUGUUUUUGUGGUCAUUGUGGUAAUCAUAGUUUGUGUUAUAAGCAGCGGUAACAGGAGAAGAGCGGCAAUUGCAGCACACUAUGCAGGGCAACAUGGUGGUGGCAACAUGCCUAACGGCCAGCCACCACAAGGAGGGCCAAUGGAUCCCCAGAUGGUGGGGAAAUAUGCAGAAGUAGCGAUGAAUCAGUUUGAGGUGAAUAUUCAAGGGCAAAGUGCCCCAACAACACCAGAUCUAACACCUCAACAGAACGAAGAAAGGCCACUCUAUUAA